AGAUUUCACAUGUGUAUCCUUUAUUUUGUUUGCCUCUAGUUCCUUGUGGUCAUGCAGCUGGUGAUCCGUCGGUACCGUCCGUCAGACAAAGAUGCCGUGCACACCCUGUUCAGCACCGGCAUCCAGGAGCACAUACCGACAUGUUUUCACAACGCCAUAACUAGCCCUCUCUACCUCGCCAUCACCCUGGCUCUGUGUAUUGCUGGCUACCUCCUUGGCUCUGUGUUAGGGGCUGUGGUGUUGCCAGGAGUCUGGGUGAGCUUUGUCUACUCCUGCUCUUAUUUGGUAUAUUACAGCUACGUCAGAGAGAAACUCCAGACGGACAUGCAGGACAUCCCUGGGAACUAUCUGAGCCGACCGGAUGACUGUUACUGGGUGGCAGAGGCCGAGAUUGAUGGGAGGGCCCAGAUCAUGGGUAUGGUGGCUGUAAUAGGCAAACAAAGUGGGGAAAAGCGAUACGGGGAACUGUUCAGAAUGAUCGUCUCGCCAUUGUGCAGACGGACGGGCCUGGGUGUGAGGUUGACUCAGACUGUGAUUGACUUCUGUAAGGAACGAGGCUUCUCUGAGGUGGUGCUGGAGACCAGCUCCACUCGGACUGCUGCUAUGGCCCUGUACACGAAACUGGGGUUUAAGCAGGUCUCUUCACUUGUCGAAAUAGGGGUUCCCAUUUGGUUUGUAAAGUUGGCCAAGGUCUCGAUUUUAAGAAUGAAAAAAGAGCUGUAG